AUGGCUUCUCUUAACCAAUUUUUGAACCCAAACUAUGGUGAGAAACCAUGGGUGGAACAAAUCAGCAAAACCUUAAAAACCCAAAUUGCAGUCACAAUAGAUACACCUCCAGUUUCCAUAUUUGAAAUCCCCAAAAACCUCAAAGCAGAAAAGCUUGAAGCAUACAUCCCUCAACAAAUCGGGCUGGGGCCAAAUCACCAUUUUCAGCCGGAGCUCUACCAUAGGAUGGAGCAGAAGAAGUUCACCGCCGUGAAAAGGGUACUAAAGCUUCAUCAAAUGGAAGACUUUGAACAAGAAUUUGUAGAAAAGGUAAAAAGGUUUGUCCCCUUGAUUCGUGAAUGUUAUGAUUUUUACAAUGAUGCUGAUGACAGUACGCUAGCAUGGUUAUUCGCUAUUGACGGAAUGUUCUUGAUUGAUCAAAUGUAUGCUUAUUCAAAUCAUGGUUUUUCUAUGAAAGCUAAUGAUUUGAUCAUGUUAGAGAACCAGAUUCCACUUAUUGUUUUGAAGGAAAUCCAGAAGGCGUUAUUGGGACAAGAAGAUUUCUUGGAAUCCAAUUUACGAUUUUUCUGUAAGUCAAACUCAUUGUUUGUACUUUCCGAAGAGCAUAUUGAUUUUAAUCGAGUUAACCACCUACUUGAUUAUAUGUAUAACUCCAUCGUGAACAAUGAAACAUUGGUCCCAAGAAAGGUCAACUUUAAAAACAGUGGAAUUGAUCCUAAAAAAGAGGCGAAGUUGGAACUACUAGAGGCUGUUAUCAGAUUUGCAGGAGUGAUACCUGGGGCUCAACCUAUUCUACAAAUCAUUGAAUUUGUAAAGCAAAAGUUCCCUCAAAUGACGGAGAGAAGAACGACAGCUGAAGAGAUUAAGGUGCCUUCUGUUUCAGAACUUUGCAAAGUUGUAGGUUUAGAGUUCCGUUUGUUACCUAAAAAUGAAGGCAUCAGAAAUAUAAACUUUGUCCAAGAGAAAGUGCGGCAUUGUUAUCUCCCUCUAGUGACUCUUAAUAGUGAGUCAGAGGUUGUACUGAGAAACUUGGUGGCUUAUGAGAAACUACUGGCAAAUAACACUUUUAUGGGUGGAUAUGGUCUUGAGCUCACGGAAUAUGUGGAUUUCAUGUGUGGGAUAAUAGACAGCGCGAAGGACGUGAAGUUGCUACGAGAGCAGAAGAUCAUUGACGGCGAUUUGAGUGAUGAGGAGAUUGUUAAAUUGUUUAACGGGAUAGGGAAAUCACAUUUGAGAAUGACCGGUGAAUCUGAGUUGAGGAAGACAGUGGCUCAAUUGAACAUGGUUUACGAAAGCACUCCAAGGAUUUGGGUUCAAAGGACGAUUGAGAAGCAGUUUCUGGCUUCCGCCAAGUUUAUCACGUUCUUGAUUAGCAUUUCGACUGCACUGAUCUUGAUUCGUGAGGUGUAUUUGAAGGUCUAUGGUUUGAAUUCAUUGCCAAUGAUAUUGGCUCGUUUUUUUCAGGCCAAAUUGAAUCAUUUACACAUUUUCUUCUUUGGUCCAAGAGGACCGAAAGCAAUCAACUGA